UUUGCACUUUCAACCCAUGUAGACCCAUGCAUGGUGGUGUCACCGCCAUGUAUAAGCGAGGCUGAUCGUUACAGUUUGGAGGCUCUGCAGAGCAUUCAUCAGAUGAUGGACGAUGACAAGGAUGGAGGAAUUGAGGUGGAGGAGAGUGUGGAGUUUAUUAUUGAAGACAUGAAACAGCAGCAGACCAACAAACACAGCCAUUUGCACCGUGAAGAUCAGCACAUUACAGUAGAAGAGCUUUGGAAAGGAUGGAAGUCAUCAGAAGUUCAUAAUUGGACCCAAGACGAUGUUAUACGCUGGCUCAGGGAGUUUGUUGAGUUGCCACAGUAUGAGAGGAACUUUAAAGACUUCAAAGUCAAUGGAAACACACUCCCGAGGAUUGCAGCCAAUGAGCCUUCAUUCUUGAGCGGCCAGCUGAGAGUUCAGGAUCAAAGGGACAAACAGAAACUCAACAUUAAAGCUCUUGAUGUAGUGCUGUUUGGACCACCCACGCGUCCCCCUCACAAUUACAUGAAAGACCUACUGCUACUUGUGUCCGUGGUGAUGGGAGUUGGGGGCUGUUGGUUCGCUCAGGCCCAAAACAAAACCAGCAAGAUCCAUAUUAUCAAGAUGAUGAAGGACUUAGAAAGUCUUCAGCGGGCUGAACAAAGCCUCCUAGACAUGCAGGAACAACUGGAGCGAGCACAGGAGGAGAAACGAAACGUGGCAGAGGAGAAACAAAAUUUGGAGGAGAAGAUGCGAGACGAGAUCAUGGGGGCACAGGAGGAGGCCCAUCGUCUCCAAGAGCUUAGACAGGGAGCUGUUAGUGAACUCAGCCGCCUUCGAUAUGCAGAAGAAGAACUUGUGCAAAUCCGUGGGGCAUUGAGACAGGCAGAAAAGGACAUGCAUGCAACUUGGACUGCUUCGGAGGUACUCCAGCAGUGGCUCCAGUUGACACAUGAAGUUGAGGUCCAGUACUACAACAUCAAGAAACACAGUGCUGAAUUACAACUUGCCAUUGCCAAAGAAGAGGCAGAAAAGAUUAAGAAGAAAAGAAGCUCAGUGCUUGGGACUCUGCAUGUUGCCCACAGUUCAUCUUUGGAUCAGGUUGACCACAAGAUUCUAGAGGCAAAGAAUGCCUUGUCGGAGGUAACAGCCUGCCUGAGGGAGCGGCUCCAUCGAUGGCAACAGAUUGAGCGCAUCUGUGGCUUCCCCAUCAUCAGAAAUCCUGGUCUUACAAACCUCACUGCUCUACUCUACUCAGACUCACUUAGUGUGGGAUUUCCCCGAGCACCUCAGCCGUCUUGCUCAUGCCACAGCUCAGUUCAUGGGUCGAUUGAAGACCUGUUGGAAGAGUCUAACACAGCUAUUCUAUCUCAAAUUCCAGUUGCACCACUUAAGAAUUCUCCUCGAACCCGGACAUCUACUAUACUGCGGUCACGGCGUCAUGGUGUUACACAACCUCCAACUACUCUCAUCUCGGCAGAUCCUGACCUUCUCAUCCCAAUUAGAACUCCUUAUUCUUGUUUUGAUGAAGAUGAUGGGGUCUUUCGUAAAACCAUAAAGAAGCAAGACUCCCAAGAAAGGUUCUCAGAUUCUGACCACUCAACUUCACCUUCUCAUAGCAAGAUGUACCUUUGUUCACCUGGUGAUGCCUCUCAUAGAAAGCUCUACCAUAAUGAAACAGAACCACUUACAGAAAAAUCUAUCACAAAGGCUGUGAGUAAAGAAUUGGAAGGUGAUGUUGAAUCUCCAAUUCAAAAACUCUCAAGGGAAGAUUUUGAAACUCCUAUAGAUAUUCCUUGCAGGAAGAUGACAAAAGAUAAAGUUCUGGAUACUUCUUUGGAAAAUCCUGUGCUCAUGAUAUCAAAAGAAGCAUCAUUCAGAAAGCGAUCCAGAGAUAGGAGUGAAGUUUCAACAGAUUUUGUAGUUAGAAAGAUAUCAUCCAAUGAAUUAGAUGCAGAAUUUCCACCUAGGAAAAUUGACAGAGAAAUACUAGAGGACAUUACAGACAAUCUAUCCACAAGUACACCCAAAGAUCGAGGUGAUUUUCCACUUGAAGUCAGAAAAGCUGUGUGGGAUGAUGUAGAAGGAUCAGAACUUGGACACAAGAAGUUAUCAAGAGGUAUUAUGGGGGCUUCGGUGGACAGUGCCUCAAGAAAGUUAUUAGAAAGUUCUGAGUUUCCUUUUGACUUAAUAGCUAGAAGGUAUACGAGAGACUCAAUGGGAAUGUCCUUGGAUGGAAGUUCAAGGCAACUUGAUUCCUCUGUGAGGGGGCUUGCCAAAGACAAACUGGUUGAAAAACCUACAAUACCGUCAAGAAAAAUCUCUAAAGAGGGGUAUUUUGCAGACUUUGUUUCCAUAAAGGCUGUACCCAGAGAAGAAACAGAGCAUGUCCAUCACAAGUCUUCAACGGAGAAGCUUGAUUUCUGCUCAGAACCAUCAAUAAGUAGGGGAGGAUGUAAAGAGGAGUGUGAAGUAUCUGUCAGGAAAAGAACACAUCUAAUGCCAAUAGAUGACCAGGAUUCACAAGAAAAUACACCCCUAGUUAGAGUUGAAUCACUUCUGGAAACACAUCAUCCACAAGUAGUGAGGGUGGAGUCUGAAGAUUCUGAAUCAAACUCAGCGCAAAGUGAAACUGAGCAGUCAGACCUUACAGUGACAUCUCACGUGCCAUGGAAGUCAUCUGCAGAUAAUUUUGCUGCCGGUCCUUUGAGCCAGCUCGUUUAUGAUGGAAUCCUUGAGAAGUCCUGCAAUUCUAUGGCAACCCCAACAACCCUUUCCGUCUCAACCCCCAAUCUUCCUCAGUGCUUUACCAGACUUCUGGCAGAGUCUGAGCCAGUUGUGUCAGCAACAAAAGGAACGCUUCCGUCCUCCUCUGAAGCUAAAGAUGACAGAAACAGGGAUAGAGAAAAGAGCAAGAAGUCAUUAAAGCUCAAAAAUCUAUUCAAAAAGAAAAAUGAGCCAACGGCAGAGAAGAUACAGAGCGGUCUUCAGAAACUCUGA